AAGCAAAAGCCAACAAACCAAACCAUCAAUCAUUUUGGCUUAGCUAAUUCACUCUCUUCUUUCCCAAGCAAAGUCUUCUGAAAGAAGAAAGAAUUAGCAAUUAAAGUUUACCAAAACCCUCUACUUUUCAGCCAAUUUGUUUGCAUUUUUCAUUUUAUAUCUCACUUCCUUUAGCAAAAUCAUCUCAAAUAUCCUAAGGUAAACUCAUAUAGCUCUCUGCAAAACCAUGCUUCCAAAAAUAUUGGUUUCGUUUUUCAUCGUCAUCUUCCAUGGAUCUCUCACCUUGGCAUCAGAUCCCGAUCCUGUAUUCGACUUCUGCUUGCCGAGUGGAACGUCUGCAGGUAGUUCUCAUUCGUCGUGCAAGAACUCUUCCCUAGCUAAAGUAGAAGACUUCAUUUUUUCUGGCAUAAAGUUUCCUGGAAAGUUCAAUGGAUCUGGCUUUUCAUCCAUAGCUGUUAAUUCAAACGUAUUUCCGGGUCUAAACACGCUCGGAAUGUCUCUUGUUCGGGCGGAUUUCGACGUUGGAGGUGUGAACGUUCCACAUUUCCAUCCUAGAGCAACUGAAGUUGCUGUUGUUCUUGAAGGUAAGAUAUAUUCUGGAUUUGUUGAUACUAAUAACCAGAUUUUUGCUAAGGUGAUUGAGAAAGGUGAGGUCAUGGUGUUCCCAAGAGGCUUAGUUCACUUCCAAAUGAAUGUUGGAGAAACUCCAGCAACAAUUAUUGGGAGUUUUGACAGCCAAAAUCCUGGACUGAUGAAAAUUCCAGCUGUUGUUUUCGGAUCCGGGAUCAAAGACGAGCUCUUGGAGAAGGCUUUCGGGUUGAGUCCUGAAGAGCUUGCGAAGCUGAAAAAGAGGCAUGCUCCCCAUUGACAAAGCUACAGCUUUAAGGCUGUUGUUUUAGUUACAUCUUAAAAGUAAAUUAAUUGUCGACGGGGCAUUUCAAUAAUGCACUGUCAAGUCGAAGAAGCUCAGAGAUGUCUCCUUCAUGUCAAUGACAUUAUUUAUAUCCAAAAGCUCGGAAUUCUGUUCUUUAUGGCAAUGAUAUUACUUUUAUUUAUCUUGUUCUAUAAGCUUUUGUGUAUUUUUCUUCAAAUUCAGGUAUCACCAUAAAUAUAUAUGAAAAAGCUCUAGACAAUAAGAUGUUUUCCUUUUGAUAGUCAACUAGUAUUUGAGCA